AGUUAUAUAUUUCCUUUCAGGGUGGGUGCGUGGCUCACUUGAUUUCAGUCAAAACUUGGUGGCAUUUCCAGAAUUUAUUUGCUGCGAAGUAGAUCAAUUACUUCUAGACGCUGGUUGAAAUUGGGAGAUGCCAGCUCAGAUCUGACUAGGAAUCUACUCACAGAGGGGUCUGGCCUAUCAUCCUUACCAGCAUUAGGAUGCCCAUGGAUGGAUAAAAGGGUGAAGUUGUUGGUGCUGGGCGGGUGGUUGUGUUUGAAUGUGGAUAUUGUGGUUUAAAAAUAUAUAUUACAGUUGGACCUUGGUUUUUGAAUAGCUUAGUUCUUGAACAUUUUGGCUCCUGAACGCCGCAAACCUGGAACAUAGCGUUCUAAUUUGUGAACUAUUUUUGGAAGCUGAACGUCUGAUGGGGCUUCUGCAGCUUCUGAUUGGCUGCAGGAGCUUCCUGCAGGCAAUUAGAAGCCACAUUUUGGUUUUCAAACAUUUUGGAAGUUGAACGGACUUCAGGAACGGAUUCCAUUUGACUUCCAAGGUACGACUGUGUUAAAGGAAAUGAGCAUUCAUAUCAGUUACAUGUAAGUCUGUACCCAACCUUGAUGUUGAAAAGCAUAGAAAUUAACCUAUUUUCAGCCCAGGUCUAGAGCUUAUGUUGAUGAUUAACCAACCUUUCCUAAUGGAACACAUACUGGAAAUAAAGGAACUAAGAUUAUUUGGAGAAGGUUGAAGUUGGGGUUUGGCUGGGGUUCUAAUAAGCAGUUGUGUUUUCACCUUGUCUUUUUUAAGUAGUUUCCUGGAUAUAUUUCACCAAAAGAAGAGCCUCAGAGGAAGAUGGAAGUGGCUGUAACAGGAGCUCUGCUCCUUCUCUGGGUUCUCUCCAUCUUCAUUUUCUAUUCCUUAAAAAUGUACAAGAAGAAAAGUCAGCUACCUCCAGGCCCCACUCCCUGGUUCUUCCUGGGGAACCUGCUGCAGAAAGAUGUCCUGCCUCUGAGCAAAAACUAUUCAAAGCUGGUUGAGAAAUAUGGCCCUAUAUUCACUGUCUGGAUGGGACCCAAACCUAUGGUCGUACUUUGUGGAUUUGAUGCAGUAAAAGAUGCUCUGAUGGAUCAUGCUGAAGAGUUUGGUGGGCGUCUUAGCAGCCCCAUCAGUGAACGAAUGACCAAAGGCCAUGGGAUAGACAACUCUAGCGACAUGCAAUGGAGAGAGCUGCGCAGAUUCACAAUUAUGACACUGAGAGACUUUGGAAUGGGGAAGAGAUCAAUGUCUGAAAGGGUGCAGGAGGAAGCUGUUUGCCUGGUGGAGGCACUGGCAGCCACAAAAGGACAGGGCUUUGAUCCGACAACUAAAAUCACAUCCGCUGUUUCCAAUGUGAUCUCAUCAGUCAUCUUUGGGACUCGCUUUGACUACGCAGACAAGACCUUCCUAAAGCACCAAUGCAUUAUAGAGAACCAAGUUGACUUCUUUCAGACUAUCUUGGGACUGCUGUACUCUGCUGUCCCUAAAAUAUUAGACUGCUUUCCUGGAAGACACCAAAAGAUUUUUUCUGAUACUGAUGAGUUGUGUGAUUUCAUCCGUGAGAAUGUGAAAGUACACAGGCAGACGCUGGAUCCUCAGAACAUCCGUGACUUUAUUGACUGCUUUCUUAUCAAGUCUGAGAAGGAACAAAAAUCUGCGAGUGACACCUUCAGAACUGAAAACCUUGUCAUGACAGUGUUUGGCCUUUUUUUGGCUGGGACAGGAACCACAAGCGUUUUCUUGAUCUCUGGCCUCAUGGUGAUGGCUAAGUUGCCACAUAUUCAAGCAAAAGUCCAACAGGAAAUUGAUGAGGUGACGAGUGCCACCCGUGCCCCUAGCAUGGAAGAUCGUGUGAGGAUGCCUUUCACCAAUGCAGUUAUCCAUGAGAUUCUACGAUACCCACUAUUAACUAAUGAGGCCACUCCCCAUACAACGUCUUGUGAUACAAAAUUCAGGGGGUUCACCUUCCCUAAGGGCACUGCUGUUACUUCAUUGUUCACAUCUGUGCAUCGUGACCCUCUCCAGUGGGAGACUCCCGAACAGUUCAAUCCUGGACAUUUUUUGGAUGAGAAAGGCCAGUUCAAGAAGAAAGAUGCCUUAAUAGUCUUUUCAGCAGGGAAGCGGUCAUGCAUUGGGGAAGCCUUGGCGCGGAUGGAGCUCUUCCUGUUCUUCAGUACUCUGCUCCAGAACUUCACCUUCCAGCUGGUUGGAGCCGCAAAAGAUAUGGAUUUAGCCUCUUUGUUUGUGGAGUUCAAUGCUAAAAAUGUCUGUCCUCUGAUGAAAGCCAUCAGACGUUCAGUGUGAUCUUGUGACAAAAGAUAAGCAGAAAGAAUGUGGUCAGUGGCUCCCAGAAUAUUUGUAGUAGGUAGAACAGGAGUACUGCGAGGUGCCUUCCUUCACUCAUUCAACACCUCUCAGUUUCACAUAAGGGUAAUAGCCCUAGAUAUCAGGUAUUAAAAGUUUUCUUAGCAUGGCAAACGAGAAGAGCCUUAGACCUUUCAAUCCCUAAUGUCCAGUCAACUGUUCAUGGGCUCAUUGGCACUUAAUAAAAUGUGACAAAGGAUCA